GGAGGAGGAGCAGGAGCAGGAAGGGAAGCCAGACCAGCUCAAGCCAUGAGCAACCAGUACCAAGAGGAGAGCUGCUCCGAGAGGCCCGACUGCAAAAGUAAAUCGCCAACUUUGCUCUCCUCCUACUGCAUCGACAGCAUCCUGGGCAGGAGGAGCCCGUGCAAGAUGAGGCUGCUGGGACCCGCGGCCAGUUUGCCGCCGCUGGCCAGCCGAGCCGAGCCGGACAAGGCCGGGCAAGGACCAGCCAAGGGCAGCCCGCCCGGCUUCGAGGCUGCGGAGCUGCACCUGCCGCCCAAGCUGCGCCGCCUCUACGGGCCCGGCGGGGGCCGGCUGCUGGCGCGGGCCGAGCGGGCCGAGGCGGGCGCCUCGUCGUGGGACUCGCUCAAGAUCAGCCAGGCGCCGCAGGUCAGCAUCAGCCGCAGCAAAUCGUACCGGGAAAACGCGCCCUUCGCGCGGGCCGCCGCCCUCGACGACCUCAGCAGCCCCGCAGGAGGCGGCGGCAGCGGCCCCGACGGCAGGCCCAGCCGGGACGACGAGCUGAUGGAGGAGGAGGAGGACGACGACGACGACGAGGAAGACGAGGAGGAGGCCGAGGAGCUGGACGAGGAGCUGGAUGAGGAGGACGAGCUGCUGGCCGAGGCCCAGGAGGCCCGGCGGGGCGCGGCGGGUGUCGUCGGGGCCGGCGUGGGGCCCGGGGCAGCGGCGGUGACGGCCGGGCCGGGGAGCGAGGGCGCCGGCGGCUCGCCCAAGGAGGAGCUGCUGCUGCCCGCCGACGAGCUGGCCGAGGGCAAGGACGGCGAGGACAGCGUGUGCCUGUCGGCGGGCAGCGACUCCGAGGAGGGGCUGCUCAAGCGCAAGCAGCGCCGCUACCGCACCACCUUCACCAGCUACCAGCUGGAGGAGCUCGAGAGGGCCUUCCAGAAGACGCACUACCCGGACGUCUUCACCAGGGCCUCACCUGAGCGCCUGUCUUGUUGUGCUUGUUUCCCUCCCAGGGAGGAGUUGGCGAUGCGCCUGGAUCUGACCGAAGCCAGAGUGCAGGUCUGGUUCCAGAACCGGAGAGCCAAAUGGCGGAAGAGGGAAAAGGCCGGCGCGCAGACCCACCCGCCCGGCCUGCCUUUCCCUGGGCCCCUGUCGGCGUCUCACCCGCUCAGUCCCUACCUUGAUGCUAGUCCUUUCCCUCCUCACCACCCAGCUCUCGACUCCGCCUGGACGGCCGCCGCCGCCGCAGCCGCCGCCGCCGCCGCCUUCCCCAGCCUGCCGCCGCCUCCACCCGGCUCGGCCGCGCUGCCUCCCAGCGGGACCCCGCUAGGCCUCAGCACUUUCCUGGGAGCGGCGGUGUUCCGGCACCCGGCCUUCAUCAGCCCGGCUUUCGGCAGGCUCUUCUCCACCAUGGCUCCGCUGACAAGCGCUUCCACCGCGGCCGCCUUGCUGCGCCAGCCGGCCCCGGCCGUGGAGAGCACCGUGCCGUCGGGCGGCGGCGGCGGCGGCCUGUCGGACCCGGCCACGGCGGCGGCGGACCGGCGCGCCUCCAGCAUCGCGGCGCUGCGGCUGAAGGCGAAAGAGCACGCGGCGCAGCUCACGCAGCUCAACAUCCUCCCCGGGAACAGCACGGGCAAAGAGGUGUGCUAAGCGGCCCCGAGCUGCGGGGACAGCCGGAGAUCGCCUCGCCGAGGGACGAAUCCAAGACCAAAACGGGAGGGAGGAAGAGAGAAGCAGGCAGACAGACAGACAGACAGACCCACAAGGGGACAGAGGACCAGCGGCCCUGGAGAGGUUCUCCUCCGGUUAGGAACUCGGAGAAAGGCCAGGCUCCUUGCUUUGGCUGCUUCCCUCGGGGCGAAUCUGCGAAUCCUUCUUGGCUGGUACAUUUGUCACAACGUGCGUGCGAACCCUGUUCCUUGAUCAGCAAGCAACACACCCAAGGAGAGAGG